AUGAAAGGCCAGGAUUUGAUCACUUUUAACGUCGGAGGGCAAAUGUUCACCACGAAGGUGUCCACCAUUAGAAGACAUCCGCAGUCAAGACUUGCGUGCGCGCUAGACGACACAGAUCCUGAGUUUAAAGUCGUAAAUAGCCAAGUGUUCAUUGACAGAGACUGGGGGUUGUCGGUGAUAGUGGAGUAUCUGCGAAGCGGCCGAAUCACUUUAUCAGGUGAAUUUGAGACUGGUGGACUGCUGCGUGAGGCUGAAUUUUACAACAUCAGCGCUCUGUCCAAUUUUCUGCGCAGCAACAACUGCUAUCCGAAAAGCGAAAUCCUCGAGCUUCGCUUUGUCAUUCAAGAUGCACAAAGUUUCUUCAGGGUGUUCAGUUCCAAGAGCACAACUCUUGAUGCGCUGGCCUCAAGAAUAUCAGUGUUCACUGAACAACCCACAAAUCUUACUGAGAAUUUGAUGGAACGUCUUCCAGUGCAUCGACCCUCACACCAUGACCUCGUUUUUCAGUGCGGUGCUGACUGCUCUGAUGGAAAACAGUUGUCUGCAAGAUAUGUCACCAUUGAGCCAGAUGAACGAAAACUCCUCAAUGCCACAAAUGUUCUUGGCCUGAUGGUGGACACCAUCCUGAAGUAGGGCUUUCGCCUGAUCAGCACCCGCACGCUUUCUCCAGAAGAGAAAAUUGAGUGUUACACUUUUGAGAGAAGGGAGACUCGAAAUAUUCUUAUCAAUGAGCCUUAUAAAGCGGAUGGAUCACCUGUAUCAAAACAAACAAAGAAAAGUACAAAAAAGGCCAAAUCACAUAAGUGAUCAAACCAACAUUUGACAUGCAUGUGGAAAAAUCCCAAAUUAAAAAAAUUAAAAAAAUAAAAUAAAAUAAAAUAAAAUAAAAAUUGUUUAAAAAAUCAGCCAAAGUGAGAACCUGAGGCAAUUUGAGGUUUCCCAGAAGAUGGCGAUGCUGUGUUAUUUAGGGCAUGAUGCAUUUGUAAAAAAUAAAUAAAUAAAUAAAUAAAAUAAAUAAAAAAUGAGAUAAUAUUUUAUUAUUUGUGACAACAAUACCAUGUUAUAAACAAUCACCAGUAAUGUAUAUUUAAAACAUUUAUAAUGUCAUUUGCUUAAACAAUUUUUUCUUCUUUUAUGUGCAUGUCCAGAGAGGCUCUUAAUGUUAGACUUUUCUCUGUUAAUAUGAAUUACAGUGUAUAGAUGAUUGUAAUUGCCCAGCUUUAUGCUAUCCUAGUGUAAUAUGUGAUAUACACAAAGUAAGACAACCAAUUAAACAUAUGUUAAUCUUUAUUUGAGUGUUACUUUAUUUUUCUUGCACAAUAAAUCAAUCAUUUAUACAACAAUUCCAUAGCAAUCUGUCUCUGAACUAUGAAUGCACAUGAAUCAUUUCUGACACAUGAAAGGUUAAGGCCAUAGACAUGUAUGCAUACACAUGUAAUACACUUCUAAUCAAUUCUGGAUCUAGGCUCCUUGUAUAAACAAAGGUUAGGUUAACUACUACAUUCUUCAAAACACUGGCAAUGAUCAGAGUGCUGAAGGAGGCCUUAAUAUUUCACGGUGGUUGGCAUGCUGUAGUGAGAGAUGACCUACCUCCCCUUUCCCCUCUCCGUGCCUGAGACUUGUGCAUGGUGAGCAGACGCAGAGCGGAGUGGACGGUAAACGGCCCGCCUAACUUCAGCAGCACGGUCAAUACUGGAGGAUUCACUAUUGGUUUAACUCCAAUAUUUACGUGCUGCUACAGCCAGGCAGCCAGUCGCGGCGAUGGUCAGGAGAACCCCCUCCCCUCCCCACACACACACACAAACGCGCGCGCGCGCACACACGCAUACAGAGUGACGUUCAAGCAAAGCUACCGUUUUUACAUACUUUCCUUUUAAUUCUGAAGCGCGCUUGUCCCGGCGUUGCUGCCGCAGCACAGCACGGCCUGCACCCUCUUUAAAAAAACUCACAAACCAUUCUGUGCUGCUAC